UAGUUGUGCGCUCUCGCUGGCACGGUGCGUCUCAGUCGGUGCUCUGCGUCUCGACCUCUCUACCUGUCCACGAGAAGUCCCAGCUCUUCGGAAGAAUAAAUAAUUGAUAAACAGAAAAAAUAACAUUUGAAGAAGAAGAAGAAGAAAGUUGUCAAAGUUUGAUGCUUUCCGGAUAGUAAAGUGUUUUCGGUGCACAAGAGAGUCGACUUGUUUGUGUUGGUGCUGCUCGGCCACUUCUUUUCGCCGCCGCUGCAAUUUAAGAUGGGCGGCGAAAUUCGCGCCAGGAGCAGGGUGAUGUGGUGGCUCCUGGUGCUGUCGACGCUGUGGAGCGGCGUCGCCUCGCAGGUGGUCGCGCCCUGUCCCUUCAACUCGAUGUGCUCCUGCAAGUUCGGCGCCUCGCCGCUCACCAUCCACUUCACGACACCCAAAACCUUAGAAAACAUCAAGGACAUCAGCUGCGUCGGUGUCCCUUUUGCCACUCUGCCAGAAGUGCCCACCGGUCAGGUCGACCACAUGGACGUGGUGAACUCUGGCCUCGAGGCGGUCGACGGCGAGAUCCUGGGAGGGGCGCAGAUCGAAUCAUUGCGCCUCAUGAGCAAUCAAAUUGUCUACGUCAAUGAACGCGCCUUCAGUUCUAUGGAGGACGCGAUUAGGUCACUGGAUCUGAGUUACAACGAGCUGGACCACGUUCCGUUUGAGGCUCUGCGUCCCGUUCGCUCGUUAGAUUGGAUCAACCUGGUCGGCAACCACAUAUCGUCACUGACUGAUCGAGACGACAACGGCAGCGGCGGUUGGUCACUCUACUUGCAGGAGACGCUGACGAAUCUCCUGCUCGGCAAAAACGACAUCACCGAUCUGCCGAAAAACGCGCUCUCCAAGUUCCGCCACCUCACGUGGCUCGACCUGGAGUACAACAGAUUAUCAACCAUCCAUCCCGGCGCGCUGCCUAAAAGCCUGCAAACGCUAAGUGCGUCGCACAAUUUAAUCACCCGCUUUCCCUCCCAGGCCGUUGACGAGCUCAAUAAUCUCGGCUGGCUCUACCUGCGAGGCAAUUACUUGGAAGAGCUGCCCGAGUACACUUUCCGACACAAGAAACGCGUUGACAAACUCGACCUGGGCGAAAACUUCCUGCGCACGGUGCCGCAAAAUCUGUUCAACGGCUCCAUGGUCGUCCGAGAUUUGAAUCUCGAUUUUAAUUAUUUGCGGACACUUCCAGCCCAGGCGUUCCGCGGUUUGAACUCGGGCAGAAUUUUUCUGUCAAAAAAUCGAUUGGAGGAAAUGGAUGAUAGAACGUUUGUGGGACUCAGCCAUACCCUGGAGUACCUUGACCUCGACCACAACCUUUUGGAAAAAGUUCCGAAGGCCCUGGCCCAGCUGAAAAAACUCAGAUAUUUGUACCUGGCCGCCAAUAAAUUAAAAGAAAUUCCUGAAGAUUCGUUUGAUGGCUUUGCCGCUUCUCUGAAAGCAAUUUCCUUAUCCGGAAACCAACUGACUUCCAUUCCUCGCGACGCCCUAAAGGGCUGCAGGCGUUUGGCGCAUUUGAAUCUCGGCUACAACCAAAUAUCAGAAAUUCAGGACGACGACCUGAUGGGCUGGGGAGGCAGUUUGGAAACCCUUUUACUUAUAAAUAAUAGAAUAGUAAAUUUGCAAGCACACGCCUUCAAACACACUCCACGUUUGAGAGAGUUGAGUUUGUCCUUCAAUCAGCUCACAGACAUUGACGACAAUGCGUUCAUCGAUUUGAGCAACUCCCUGGCCAACCUUGAAAUUAGUUUCGGACUCAACCGAGAGGAUUUUCCAGAGGAGCUGCUGAAGCCCCUCACCACCCUCAGUUGGCUCGCCCUAGACAACAACAACCUGCGAACGAUAUCCAGCUCCUGUCUGUACACCUUCGGCCACCUGCAGUACCUGAACCUCGAAGCCAACAAGUUCCGUUUUUUGCCUCCUCAACUGUUCCACUCCAACGUUCACAGACAAUUGGUUGACGUGCGCCUUUCGUACAAUCACCUGGAGGAAAUUGAGUCUGGCACUUUUGCGUCCCUGCCUGCCCUUCAAACAGUGGUGCUCACAGGAAAUAGAAUCAGGACGAUUCGCACCGGUGCUUUUUCUGAACUCAACGCUUUGGUCACGCUGGAGCUGUCAGACAACCGGCUGUCUGUCAUUUCGCCUAAAGCCUUCUUGUCGCUGCCCACCCUGGGGAGACUGAAGCUGCAGCUUAACGAACUGAAAGAGUUUUCGCUAGGUUGCCUUUACAAUGUCACUUCGCCGUACAAUUCAAUGGUGCUGAACUUGUCCCACAAUCAAAUUACAGGCUUGUUUCCUGGUGACUCUGGAGGCCAAGUGUAUCUGAAGGUUCUUGACCUGACUCACAACCGUGUGCCAGAAGUUCCGAUCAACUUUUUGCACGGCAUUUACAAUUCUUUGAGAAGGUUGUAUUUGGGCUACAAUAAAAUUCUGCGCUUGGAUGACUCUGCUUUUGGCAAGCUGGAGCACCUUCAGGUUCUUUCCAUGCCUCACAAUGGAAUUCAGGGUGUCCGUAGAAACGCAUUCCACGGACUACCGUCCCUGCAAAUUUUAGAGUUGAACAACAAUCAUAUUGAGCAGCUCCAGUCUGAGCAACUCUCCAGCUUGUCGGAGCUGCGAACCCUGACACUUGCUCACAAUCACAUCAGAUCUCUUCCUAGAGACGUCUUCGCCGGCACCAGGCUCGAGCGUCUUGACCUUUCAAACAAUCAGUUCGUAGUAAUGCCAAGUAGUGCUUUGUCCGAAGUGGGAAACUCGUUGAGGUACCUGGACAUUUCCCACAACCAACUCGAGCACCUUGACGCCACCAUGUUCCCAAACACGCCUCACUUGCUCGGGCUCAACCUGGCCGGAAACAGGAUCACCAUCCUGCCGGACAACGUCUUCACAGGCCUUGGCGGUGGCCUUCUUAGACUGGACAUGAGCGGCAACCCUCUGCAAAGAGCCAAUUUCAAGGAGCUUUUCCACUACGUUCAAAGGCUGCGCCACUUGAAUCUGGCCAACGCAGGCCUCAGGUUGGCGCCGCACCUUCCACUUCCAGAGCUCAUCUCCCUUAAUUUAUCCUCAAACGUCAUUGAAGAUGUUCCUGCGGGGACAAUGGACAGCUUAGGUCGUCUUCAGCACCUCUACCUCUCCAGCAACAGACUGACCAGCGUCCCUGCUCACGCGUGGCACCACUUGUCUCUGCUAAAAACCCUUGACAUCACCAAAAACCCAAUUAGAGUAAUUACAAAGGACAGUUUUGUCGGUCUCCAUCGUCUGCAGUCUUUGGUCAUCGACGACCUGCCGAAGCUGGAACGAUUUGACGCCGAUUCGUUGACGCGCCUGAAACUUUUGGCCUCCCUGAGAAUCCAGACGUGGCCCCAAAUCGAAAAGUACCGCUUCCGGUUAGGUGGCGUCUUGUCCGCGGUGGCCGCCCUGCAGAAACUGGCCGUCCGAGUCCACGAGCCAAUCCUCGCCGACCAACUGCUGGGCGCUUUUUCGCCAAAGUUGCAAGAAAUCGAGAUCACCGGCUCCAAUUUGAAGCUUAUCAGUCCCGACGCCUUCGAGGGAGUUGAGGAAAACUACGCAUUGGCCCUGCAGAUACGCGGCACCCAAGUGGAGGAAUUGCCGGCCGGCGUGUUCUCCGCGCUCGAACGUGUUCCCAUCCUCUCGCUGGAUUUGCGUGAUAAUAAAUUCACCACGCUCAGCCCUUUCACCAUUUACAACAACGGCUCCAACUGGGAGGUUGUCGGCACUAAACUCAUUUCAGAGGGGCUCAUCCUGAAGGGCAAUCCGUGGACGUGCGACUGCAGCCUGGUGUGGUUGGGCCACUGGCUGCGACGCUGGUUGCGGGAAACCGUGCAAAUCCACACCGUGGCGCUGGAAGGGGCGCAGCAGAUCCAGGCGAUGGCGCGCGAGGCGGUCUGCACGGACCCGCGGACGGGCCAGCAGACGCCCAUGAUCGAUCUCUACCCCGAGGACCUCAACUGCCACGCGAGUGCGCUCAGCAGGGCGGUCGGAGGGGCCGGCGGGGGCGGCGGAGGCGGCAUCCGGCACAGUUCGAUCGGCCUGAUGGCCACCCUGGUGGCGGUCGGCGUCGUCUUCCUCACAGGCGGAUGACCUGUGUGACUUGCAAAUUUUUGAAAAUUAGUCAAUUGCCAGACUCUCGAUUGAUUGCACAAAUUGUGUUCCUAUCAAGUUGGUUGAGACAAGACUUGUGGUGCUCCGAAAUUAUGGAAAAUUAUCAUUGAGGCCGCCGGUGGUUAGUGUUAAUCCGGUAUUCAGAGGAGUGUGAUAUGUAAUUUUAAUUAAAAAAACGAGCAGUGUUGUUACGGCGGUUAAACACAGAGACUAAAACUGUUAGAUUUUAAUGUAAGAAAUAGGUUUUCUAAAGUUUUUGUACUCGGAAAAGAUUUGAGAUGCAGAACCAGCGCCAGAAGUUUUAUAUAUUAAUGAUAAUGAGAGAGUAUAUUAAUUAAUUAAAACAAACCUUUCAUGUGUAAAUAAUUAUUCAAUAGCAGACUAAUCCAGAAUUUCAUGACACGGCAGGGGGAGUGCAAAGUUUCUAUUUUUGGUACCUUCGGAGUGAAUGUUUUUUUUAUUCUGCACACCUUUCAAGCCAAAGCAAAGGUCGCUUGGAUUUGCUUACAAAAAAUCAUGUAAAAAGCACACAUUAUUUCACAGAUUUUGGUGUGGAAAAAAUUUAAAACUUUCCCGGAAAAACGCUACUUAAAAAUGUAACAUCUCGGCUUUUAUUCCAGAUACAGAAAUGCGGCUAGAAUUAAAAUUUGUUUAUUUACUCUUCAACCCAGGUAGGUCAAAUGGAUCAGAGGUCAAGGUAAUUUUCUAGGGGCACAAAAAGUUUAAGCAAAAAUAUUCCAUCUCCGAUUGGGCCAAAAUUAUUUCUUAGCUGGUCUUAUUAUGUAGGAAAAUAAACAUAUUAAAUAUUCAGAAAAACCUGUUUUUAUGAUUCAAAUUGUAAAACAAAAAAAAAACUAGAAAACUCCACAUUUCGUCAAUGGCCAGAAAUAAAUAUUUAUAUUUUUUGAUAUUUUUUUAAAAUUUAAGCAAGAAUCUUCAGAAAAUAAAUUACUCAUAUUAAAUUUGUACUUUCUCAAAAUAAAUUUCUAGUCAUCGGCAAAUGAGCAAAUUGCACCUUUUAUUUGCAUUUGUGAUUUUUUUUUUUUUAUAAAUUAUCUAAAAAAAGAUGCCAUUCUGAAUUGUUUUUUCCGCAUGUCAGGACUAUCUUAGAAAAUAGUUUCAGCCUAAUUGUAGGUGGCAAAUUUUUGCUAGAAUUCGUUUAGUGCAUGUUUGGUGUUUUGAAAAUGACAUUUACCUUCGACCUCUCAAUUGUUUAUCCUUUCAGGGUUGAUUGGGAGGUAAAAAGAAAUUUUCUGGUUCUAGCCGGAAUUCUGUAUCUGAAGUAGAACCUGAGAUAUUAAAUUUUUAAGUUGAAACUACUGCAGGAAACUUUUUACUUAUCCAAAAAUUUUCCACGCCAAAAUCCGUCAAAUUAUAUGUUCUUUUCGCCUGAUUUUUUUGUUAUAAAAUCCAUAACCCCUUGCCAACCGACCAUUGUGGUUCGGCUUGAAAGGUGUCUCUGGUCAUUUUAUUAUCAAAAAGGAUUGUUAAUUUUUAAAACUUGGGAGUUUCUUUAUUUCAAACUGACACCGAAUUUCGCAUUCUAGCUCAGAUUUUUGCACUGCCCUCUGCAGAGAUUUAUUCAAAAUUCAAAGUGUAAAUAGCAAAACCGUUACUGUGUAGUGUUCAAUUCAACUUUGACGAGGGAUCAAAAGUUGCAAUUCCAGCCAGGUUAAGGUCCAACUCACUUGUUUCUCUCCCUGAGUUUCGAGAAAAUAAUUAAAUUAUGCACCGCUGGUCCCCGCAAUCAGCUCUUGUCCUUUUCUGCGUGUCCCCCCGUCUCUCUCCGUUUCCGAGGGAAUCGAUGAAUGAUUUACGGCCGCUGACGGCAUCGGAAAUGCAGAGAAAUGAUCCUAAACUCAAGUGCCUUAUCUUCAACGGUGAUGAAUCUUUAUUACAUAGACUUGUAGAGCUGAUGGCGGCGCGGAGAGAAAGAAAAGUAUAUAUAGUGCUGAUGAGAAUGGGGGUUGCUGAUCAAAGGGACCGAUUCGAAUGUGUGUCUGAAAGGGUGAGGUGCGUGCGUCCGUGAGAUAAAAUAUAUAUACUUGUUUUUGCUCAAAAAUCUUCUCUUACACGCUAUUCAUGGGAAUUUUCUGGUCGCUCUCUCUUGAAUGUUGAUUUUCCAAAUGUUUUUAGCUCUCAUUGUAAUCUUUUUUCUGUUGAAUGUCCUGAAUUCCAGAAUGCAUGAAAAUUUUAUUUCAUUUUAUUAGUUCGCAAAAUGGAGAAUUUCGCCCUUGCGCGUCAUGAUGUGUUUCAAUAUAUUAAAAAAAAAAUCGCUGUCUUCUUUCAACUCACAUGUAAACUGUGCCAUAUAUUUGAAAAUCUGUCUGACACGUGCAUAGUUGUCCUGGAGAGAAAUAAUAAAAAAAUGAUGAUUUUGGCCAUUUGAGAGAAAAGCAAAACUCUGCCUGAGUGACACGCAAGUACAUAUCACUUUGUAAAAAUAAAACGGUGUACCCGAGCCAAAUUUUUCUUUCGAAUGUGCUGAGUUGCUGAAUAUAUUGUUCUGCGCCCGAGAUUUGCAUGAAAAAAUAAGCGCUCUCGGCCGUUAGGCGUUAUUUAAUGAAAACCAGGGUUCAACAGUUUAUCAUAUAAAUUAUCAGAAACAGUACUAUUGAUAUUUAUCAAAUGUUUUGUACAACUCCUAUGUGUAAUUUAAAUAUUAGUGUAUAAAAAAGAUUUAUUGAGAAAAUAAAAGA